AUGGUAUGCGAUACAUGCCAAAAAAAGCUUACGAAAAUCGUUGGUAUUGACCCGUAUCGAAAUAAACCACAUAACAAACUUUCUGGAGUACACAAGAGGCCACCCGCAAAUCAGAACAAGUUGAUCGGAAGUGAGAUGAAAGCCAGCGUAAUGAAUUCAAAAUGUAAAAUAUGUAAGUGCUCGAUACACCAGGUGGGCUCGCACUACUGUCAAACGUGUGCUUAUCAAAAGGGGAUCUGCGCCAUGUGUGGUAAAAGAAUCUUGAACACUAGUGGACUCCGGCAGAGUACAGUGUAA